AUGGGCAAAUACACCUUCACCUGGGAACACUCGGCCAAUGAGGUCUUCGUGACUGGCACCUUCGACGACUGGAGGAAGACGGUCAAGCUAGAAAAGGAAGAUGGCGUCUUCAAGAAGACCGUCGAGCUGCCCAAAACCCACACCCAGUACAAGUUUGUUGUGAAUGGUAACUGGUGUACCAACGACAGUGCGCGCAAAGAAGACGACGGUCACGGCAUCAUCAACAACGUCCUUCUCCCCGAAGACAUCGUCGACGAAGAGCCCGUCAAUACCAUGUCCUCUGCUGCGCCCGAGUCUACAACCGCUGCGCUAGCUGGCGCCGUGCCAAAGGAGAGCGAUAACGAGACCAAGACCAACGCCUCCAACUCCCCCGUACCUGGUGCCUUCCCUGAGACCCCCUACGCAGAGACACCUGGUAGCGAACCGCAGACCUUCAACAUUGCGCCCAUCCCCGCUACCUCAGGCCUCGGCAACCCAAUCAAGCUUGCGCCUGGCGAGCCCGUUCCCGAAGCGAGCACUCUCACAGACAACACUGUAGACUCGACUGUCAACCACGACAAGGAACCCGAGCAGGAGGCAUCAGCAUUCGGUAUCUCGCCGCUCCCAGCCACCGCAGGCGCUGGUAACCCAAUCCACCUUGCGCCUGGCGAGAAGGUGCCAGAUGCCAGCACCUUCACUUCCAACACCGUCGACAGCACAGUCAACACUGACGCCUCUUCUUACAACAAGUCCGAUGCUCUUCCCCCACUUGCCUUCACCCCUCAAGCUGAGCGCGAUGCCAAGGGUGGCAUGUUCGGCAUCCCUCCAGUCAUGGGCAACAUGAUACCAGAAUCGAGCCUGCCAAUGGGCGUCGAUGCCAAGGUCGAGCAAGACACCGGCGUUGCGAUCCAGUCCUCUGCCCCCGAGAGCACAACCGCUCAGCUCGCCGGCCAGGUUCCCAAGGAACCCCACGGUGUCCCUGAGACCGUGACUGACAGCCAACAAGAGGCCCAUGUUGACCCUGAGGCAUCUGCCAACCCAGAAGCCGUUCAGGACAAGAAGGGGGUUGAACAAGAAUUGAAAGAGAAGGUAUCCGAGGCACCUGCAGCCAGUGGAGACGCUGGUCUAAGCGACACUGCCAAAGCGGCUGCUGCUACUGCUGCUGCUGGCGUGACUGCUGGUGCGGGUCUCUUCACUGCGGCCAUCUACUCUGUUAAGGAGAAGGCCGCUGAGGCUACUGGCAUGACUGGUCCAAGCACCAGCACCGCCGACGAAGUACCCUCUGUUGUUGCCGAGAGCCAGAACACGGCCCACGCUGAACCAGAGGCAGCAGCUAGCCCUGAGGCCGUUGCCGAGAAGUCGGUAAUGGAGAAGGAGCUACUCAACGAAGUUCCCAAGACCAACGAGACCGGAGAGCCCGCUCCCGCUAUCGCCGGUGCCAGCUCUACUACUGCGGACGAUGUGCCCUCUGUCGUUGCUGAGAGUCAGAAUGCAGCCCACGCUGCGCCAGAGGCGGCAGCCAGCCCCGAGGCCGUUGCUGAAAAGUCGGCCAUGGAGCAAGAACUACUUAGCGAGGUUCCUAAGACAAACGAGACUGGUCUCCCUGCCCCAGCAAUUGCCAUUCCAGCUGUCGUUUCUGAGAGCCAGAAGGAGGCACACGCAAGCCCUGAAGCAGCAUCCAGUCCUGAGGUUGUCGCAGAGAAGACCGCUAUGGAGUCUGAGCUAUUGCGCGAGGUUCCCAAGACAAACGAGGCCGGCGAGCCAGCACCCACUGUCUCUGCUGCCACAGCUACUACAGCCCCCAGUGCUAUUCCAGAGACUGUUUCCCGCGAUGUACCCGACGUUGUCGCCGAUAGCCAACAUGAGGCGCAUGUUAGCCCUGAAGCCGCUGCGAACAGUGAAGCUGUUGCUGAGAAGUCAGCCGUGGAGUCUGAGCUACUCGACAAGCUUCCGAGAUCUGAGGAAGCUGGUGAGCCUGCCCCUGUGCUAACUGCUGCGACUACCGCAAUUGCACCUGUCGCUGCCACCACUACAAUCCCAUCCGGCACAGCCACCGAGUCAGUCAACGAAGCCGUCGCUCGCGAGGUCCCAACUGUGGUCACCGAGAGCCAGAGGGAGGCUCACGCCAGCCCUGAGGCCGCCACCAAUGCUGAGGCAGUUAGCGAGAAGCGCGCUAUGGAGACUGAACUUCUCAAUGAAGUAAAGUCGACUGACGCUACUGGCGAGCCAGCUCCCAGUUCUGCUGCUCUGGGUAGUCAGGAUGCUGCUGGCCUCUCCGACGAGGCUCUUGUUGACUCAAAGCCACUGAAGUCUUCCAGCGAACCUGAUGCUCUCAACGCACCCGCAUCAGCGCCUGCUCAGCCGCCAAAUGCCAAGCCUGUCGAUUCUAUCAACGACGUCGCAUUGAACAAGCAAGCGCCAACUACCACCGAGCAGACUCAGCCAACAGUCACCACUGGUGUAGAGUCCAGCAAGACCGAGGCCACCAGUUCCGCACCGGCUGCUCAGCUGACACCAGAAUCCCCCGCUAGGAACCCUAGGAAAGACUCGGACGUAUCUCCCAAGGGCACUCCAGGUAGCCAAAGCAUUGCCUCUGGUGCCGACGACAAGAAGAAGAAGCGCCGCUCUUUCUUCGGCAAGAUCAAGGACAAGCUGUCCAGCAAGGAUAAGAACUAG